AUGAGCCUCUUCGAUAUCGGCAAUGCCGUGCUCGAAAGAUACACUGGUCUACCCUCCAAGUCCACUUUCCUAAGAGAGCACGUCGUGCCUGCCAAAGAUGACGAUAAAUUCAACAACAACAAGUGCGUGCAGUGCUGGGACGAGUACACUGACGAGCACCCCGGCGUCAAGAUCUCGCCCUGUGGCCACAUCUUCGGCCGUGACUGCCUCUAUGAGAUCGUAAACGGCCCAACCGGCGACCUGUGCCCAUACUGCAGGAGCAAGUUAUUUCGACGAACGUCAACGAAGCAAGACAUCUUCAUGGCUCUUAGCAAUAUGCUCACACAGGCCAUCUUCUCUUAUUGCUGGAUCGUAUCGCGAUUUAGCAGGGUGGUCCAUGCAUCUAUCGCCGGUCAGACAGCUUGCCACCCACAGCUCCGCCCGUUCAUUGUCCUGCUCUUUGAUGGCCUAGCUCUGCAGGGAGAACGAUUUGUGCGCCAUCGUACUGGCGUCUGCACUCGCAAUCCCAACCUCAGAGUCGCCGAGCUGUUCUGCCACACAACCGUGCUGUCUCAUUUGCUACUUAUUGGGUUUCCCUUCAUCGCACCUGCUCUCCUGCCGGUAUAUUUUAUGUUCAGCACUGCGGUCUUCAAGGUCUCAUUCGUCGCUGCGAACCUUGCCUUUGUUGCCUAUUCUCAGGCGCUGUUCUCUGGGUAUUUUCACUUUCAUGCUGGGAUGUUUGAAGGGGACUUUGAGAACGACUCAGAUCGCGCCUUGGUCACAUACGUUGCUGCUGUCGCUGUCGCAUUCCAACAACUUUGCAUUAUUAUUUUGAUCUGGCCUGUACCUACCAUGAGGUUUGCACGGACGUCCUUGGCGAGUGUAGCCUGGCGGUAG